AUGGAACUUGGUAUUUCUCCCAUCGUCACUUCUGGUUUGGUAACGCAGCUGCCCGCUGGAGCUAAAAUUAUCGAAGUUGGAGACACAAGCAAAAAACGAGCUCUUUUCUCCGGCGCCAAGAAACUCUUCGGAAUGAUCAUGACCCUCGGCAAGGCUGUCGUCAACGUUUUGACAACAAUGUACGGUGACUCUGCUCAAAAACGCACUGGAAUCUGCUGCUUGAUCGUCAUCCAACUCUUCGUCGCCGGAAUGAUCGUUCUACUCCUCGACAAGCUCCUCGCAAGAGGCUACGGUUUGGGCUCCGGUAUCUCCCUCUUCAUCGCCACCAACAUCUACGAAACCAUCGUCUGGAAGGCCUUUUCUCCCACCACCGUCAACCUCAGCCGAGGAACUGAAUUCGAAGGCGUUGUCGUUGCUCCCUUCCAUCUUUUGGCGACCAAGCAGGACAAUGUCCAGGCGCUCAACGAAUCUUUCUACCGAUAG